GUAACCCACUGCGCAAUUUUCACGACCAAAAUGGCGGCGCCCAGUGGUGAAAUUUCGGUGACCUGCGACGAUUUCUUGGAAUUUCAAGAAGCGCUGAAGAAGUUCCGGACCAUAGAUGACAAGAUAGUGUACCAGCUGAACACAGCCAUCCCAACCAGCUCAUUCGCAGACAAGGUCAACGCAGGGACGCAGUGCAAAAGUCUUUAUGAGGAGCUGUCCCGAGGACACGUCCAGCGGGAGAAUGCAAUAAGGAAAUGUAUCCAGCAGGUGUCUCAACAGGUGGCCAAGCUGAGGCAGGCCAGGGAAACUGACCACGAUAACAUCAACCUUCUCAAACAACUCAGAAAGGAACAGACAAAGCUGAGGUUAAUGCAGCAGGAGAUGAAUGUGGAAGAAGUGGUCAGGGACAGGUCAUUAAAGAUUUUCCAAGAACGUUGUCGAACAUUCUACAAACCGCCGGCCUCGUCCUGACCGCGGCAGUUCUUAUUGUACUCAGGAUAGACGUAGUUAACUUCUUCCAAUUUCUGCUGUUGUGACACUGAACAACAGACAAGUUUUCCUGAACUAAAUAGAAGUCCAGUUUAUUUGUCAAGGUACAAAAUGGGUUUACAGGGAAACAG